AUGGUGUCGUUGGUUCCUGGGCCUCACCGGGGCGCCCGGCCGCGCUCGCUGUCGCCCCGCAGGAGGAAGGCCCGCCAGGCCAAGGCCCGCCGCAUCGCGCCGCGGCCCGUCGCGGGGCCCAUCCGGCCCAUCGUGCGCUGCCCCACGGUUCGGUACCACACCAAGGUGCGCGCCGGCCGCGGCUUCAGCCUCGAGGAGCUCAAGCUGGCUGGCAUUAACAAAAAGUUUGCCCGGACUAUUGGGAUCUCCGUGGAUCCCAGGCGACGGAACAAGUCGACAGAGUCCCUGCAAGCCAACGUGCAGAGGUUGAAGGAAUACCGCUCCAAGCUCAUCCUCUUCCCACGGAAGCCCUCCGCGCCUAAGAAAGGCGACAGUUCCGCUGAGGAACUCAAGAUGGCAACUCAGCUGUCCGGACCAGUCAUGCCGAUCCGGAACGUUUUCAAAAGGGAGAAGGCCCGCGUUAUCUCGGAAGAGGAGAAGAACUUCAAGGCCUUUGCCAGCCUGCGUAUGGCCCGGGCAAAUGCCCGACUCUUUGGGAUUCGUGCUAAACGCGCCAAAGAAGCCGCAGAGCAGGAUGUGGAGAAGAAGAAAUGAACUGUUCCGCUUAGAACUGCUAAUAAAAACAUGCAGAAAUGUAA